AUGCAACACCUACGCUUUGACGACAAGUUCACCCGCGAAGACCGUGCAAAGACUGAUAAGUUUGCUGCAAUGCCUGAUGUCGCUCUGUGCGUGGCGUCUUGCGGCCCAGUUGCGGUGCAGGGUCAACUGAGGACACCUCCCGCAUGUUUGGUGUGCGUGUUGUCACAUACCAUUACGGUGGGGCACCCGGUUCUACGCGCCUCCUGCGCUGGGUCUCUAGGGGAGCGCUUCACGCAGAGGAUUCAUGGUCCAGUCUUCUCGAGCCUCUCCUUUUCCUCUCCUCCUGAGUUGCCUUGGCUCAUGUUUUCCUGGUGUCCAUACAGUGUGGUCCAUUUAGUGGCCAUCAGUUAA